UAACUGUUCUAGCUUAACAGCGCUGUUUUCCCAAAUCUCCAUCCACGUUGCCGCUAUCUUCCCACCCCGCCCAUUCGCUGGUAAUGGACUGUUUUGGGAAUGACCUUCCGUGACCCCUCUCCCCCGAACUGAGGUUAACCACAUCAACAUGCAGAGCGAUAAUAACUGUGACCCGGACAGGCCCCCUCAUCCAGGGAUUUUCCCAACCCGUGAGACCGGGAAGAGCGACCACCAGCCGGCGGAGCGCAGCGUGGACUUCCCGGUGUCUGUGGUUCUUCCUGCCGGCGGCACCGGAGAGAGAACCGGACUACAGACACCGAAACAGUUCUGGUCGUUUCUGGGUCGGCCGCUUAUAAGCUACACUAUCCAGGCUUUCGAGAGGGUGUCAUGGAUCCAGAGCAUUGUGGUCGUUGUUGCCAAAGAAAACAUGGACCUGAUGACGGACAUCAUCCAGCGCUUCCAGCACAGGAAGGUUCGAGUGGUGCCAGGUGGCUCGACUCGUCACCGGUCGAUAUGUAACGGAGUCCUGGCUCUGGGCGAGGGGGAGGAGGAGAGGCCGGCGGCGGACAGACCAAAGGUGGUCAUCAUCCACGAUGCAGUGCGGCCUUUUGUAGAGGAGGACUUUCUGUACAAGAUAGCCAUGGCUGCCAAGGAACAGGGGGCAGCCGGAGCCAUCCGACCGCUUGUUUCCACGGUGAUAGCCACCACAUCAGAGGGCUACCUGGAUCAUUCUCUGGAGCGAGCCAAGUACAGAGCGAGCGAGAUGCCUCAGGGAUUCACAUAUGAUGUCAUCUAUCAAGCCUAUCAGAGGUGCAGUGAGUCAGACUUUGAGUUUGGCACAGAGUGUCUCCAUCUGGCUCUGCAGUACUGUGGCACCAAUGCCAAGCUCAUCCAGGGUCCGCCAACACUGUGGAAGGUAACCUACAAACGGGAUUUAGCUGCUGCAGAGUCCAUUAUCAAAGAAACUCUAUCGCGAUCGGCGUGUGUUAUCACAGAUGGAUCCGCACAAGCUGGGACACUGGCUGAUGCAAUCCAGAAGGCUGUUGGAGCUCUCAACAUGGAGCUGGAUGUCAUCCCAGAUCUGAUGGGAGAAAACGCCAGGUAUCUAUUAAAAGAGUGGAACUUCAUCCAGGUUUCUGUCAAUCGUUCUUGCCUGUCUGAAGUGGAGGCCAUACUGACGGAUUUGGAGGCAGCAAAUCGGGCUCUUCUCCACCCGCUGAUCGUCAUUUGGGUGCAUUUGAGUGGUUCAGAUGAGCUGUCCAUCAGCGGGAGAAUGGUAGAGCCAGCAGCUUUCAUGAACCUGGCCUCAGCAGCCAAGCUCCGAAAUAUUCUCCUCUACGGCAUCAAGCUUCAUCAGUCAAAGAUGACCUCCCUGUCUCUCGUCGUCCUUCUCCUCCUCUCUCUCUCAGGACACUGAGCGUUGGGAGAGGUCAGUGUUGAAGGUCGUUGAGAUCAUGUCUGCUUUGAUCCGGGAGAGGAGCCCUGCUCUGGUGGGACAGCUUCUGCAGGCGUGAAGGGAAGCAGCACCAACAGAAAAUCCCUUCUACAUGACUCAUGAACGCUGCAGGGAUGAGACAGUUAUGUUUUUCCUGCUCUAAUUCCAUCUUUAUCAGUUACAUCAAAGUUCAAGGGAUACUCCCAUGAAUAAGAAUUGCCCUUCCAUAAAGUUUGGGGACUUUCAUGAUUAACUUAAAACAAAGACCUGAAGCAGCAGAGGCUGAGUGAUCCUGUCUUUUAGCACUAAGACUGCAUCAAGCGCCACAAACCCAGAAUCCUACACUUCCCAUAAUGCAACUCAUUAGCUCAUUUCAUUGAAUCCUCCCUGGUAAACGCCCACAUCUUUCAAACUCAAUGGCCCAUUUUUAUUCCAUUCUAGCGCAGGGUUUCGGCUAAAAAUAUGAGCUAGUCUUAACUAUAAUCAACCACAAAUCGGAGGAUGUGGUGUAUUCUAAGUGAGUGGUUGGUAAAGUGGCUGGUAUUUUUUGGGUUGCACCAGUAGCAAAUGAAAGAGAAAGUUACAUCUCCUGUUCACAUUAGUUACAGAAACUUCCCCAACUUCUGCAGUCAUGUCACUGAUUGUGACUUGUAUGAGAUAUUAAAACAGAAAAAUAUGUAACACAUUUUCACAUGUCGACUGAACACAUUUUAAAGCUGCUACAGGUUUUUGGUUUGUUGUCGCUUUGUUAUUUUUGUUUUGUUUUUUUGUAUGUUUUGUUCCAUAAAAUUAGUACAGCUGUAUUUUUCAGAAAUUAAAACCCCAAUGCAUUGGAAUUCAAAGUUUCUUGCAGCUGGAGACUCCAAGUGGUAGUAUUAAUAAAGAGCAACAGCAAUGCCCACCACAACAACAAUCAUGUCUAAAUUCAACACAUAGGGGUUUUAAUAUGGCUGUAAACAAAUUGUUAGUCCUGUACUGGACUCAAGAGGCAUUGAUUUACAAUGUAAAGAAAAGGGACAAAUUAAAGCUUUCAGAGUUUCUUGAGUUUUUGAAUGUUUCAUGGUCACAAAAAAAAUCCUUCCAGUGUGUUUGUCCUCUUCACUAAAGCACAAAAGAACAGGGAGGAUAAUAAUUUAUGUGAAUUAUUAUGUGUAUAUUUUGUGCUGACACUAUCACUGCUGUACGUUUGAGGCUACCAGUCAUCCAGCCAUUGGUCUAAUUUGUUUACCAGAAGUAUCAUAGAAGUACUUUGACAAAAUAUUGAUGUUUGGAAAGAGAGACAGGGCCCCAAAUGCAUGUACAGUAUUCACAUAACAAAUGAUUGCCAAACUCCAUUAACAGGCCAUAUCACUACAUUAACGUAUUACUGUGGGAAUUUGAAUUACAUUAUGUAUUACAACAACAACUGGGUAUAUGUAAACAGACAGCUGGAUAGUAGUAUUAGUAUUUAGGGCGUUUUCACACCAAACCCAUUUGGUUCGUUUCAGUCCAACUCUGCUGCGUUUGGCCAUUUAGUUGCGGUUAGAUUGGACUGGUGUGAAGGCUGUCAAUCGAACUCUGGAUCAAACAACCGGACUGAAACAGAGAGGGUGGAGUGACUCUAGUUUUUGUGGUGUGAUAGCAAAGCAGACCAACCACAGAAUUUAAUGAUAGUACAUAUGUGAUUUUAGCUUCAAUUCAAAAGCCAAACUACUGUUAAAUCAACCAUCUGCUGAUCGUGAACUGUCAAGGAAGCGAUCUGUAUAAGCAACAAAUAUAUAUUUAUCCUAAUCAUUCGGUAACUACGGUAACACAUAUGUGCAGUGCAGGGAUUUCCCCUGAUAUUCCCCGCUUGUGUCCCACUCCAUAUAUUUCUGAGAGUUCAUCAUGAAAAAGUAAGUAAAACGUAAGGACCACACAGUAACUAUUUCCCAUAUUUCAUCCUGUUUCUACCUGGUCAAUAUUAUGCAUAAAAUGAGGUUGAGUUGUUCAUCAGUUAUUUCUUCAUGUGUGCUUUGUGAACACCAGGAAACAUAAAAUAUACAUAUGAGAAGCAGUAAAGGGCAGCAUGACCUGCUGUCAGUCACCAGACUUUGAUUUCACUGAAGUAUCACUGAUGAUCGCAGGAUGACGGUCGCCAAAACUGUCAGUCCAUAUGACUUCGUGAUUGAGGAGCAUUUUGGGUGCUAUUGAGAACAGUUAACCUGCUGUAUUGUGUCAUAACCACUGCUUUUACCACGAAAAAGUGACUGAAACACUAAUAUGAAAUAAGAGGGUGUUUAUUUUUUUGUACUCCAUUAAAACUGCUUAUUUAAAACAAUAAAUAUGGCAUAUUAAAGAUGUUUUUCAUAUUCCUCUGUA